GGUUAAGUCAAGUAGCAGGUGUACGCAUGACCGAAAACAAUCCUGGGAUUGCUGAUUUAAGUGACCUCAAUCGUCCAAUUAACCUUGGAGAGGUGUUUUCAGAAAUAUAUGACAAUGAAUAUACAGAGGUGUUAAUGAAACUGAAGGAGACAGAGGGAGAGGAAAAAACCAAAGAAAUUCACAUCAAAAUUUUAAAUACUGCUGAGAGCUGUUUAAACUUUUGUAAAAAUAGGGAAGAAAAACAGUUUGAGAAGAUCAUGGAAGUUCUUGGUUUAUCUAAUCAAGGAAAAGUAAGAAAAGAUGAUUUACCUAAAGGUGUGUUGAAACACAUCAAAGAAUUAAGGACUUCACUCUUAGAGAAAGAACAGCAACUUCUUGAAGAGGAUUACCAGAAAGAAAAAAAGGAGCCUUGUGUGCUUGAAUUUAAAGAUGAAAAUGUCAAAAGAUUUAUAUGCAGUUGUUUGUCAUUAUUUUGGAGGGCAUGUAUACAGACCCCGCCUUUGUAUUUUAACUUUGAAGUAAAGCCAGGUUCUGCUUUUGAUAAUGCUGUCCACAGAAAAUUCACAGUUAAUGGUCCUACUGUAGAUUAUACUGUGUGGCCUACAGUUUACUUACAUGAAAAUGGACCUGUUUUAGUCAGAGGAAUUGUUCAGUGUAAAAGGGACAAGGGACAGGAAAAGAAGGAAAACAGAGGUAAUGAUCCUAGUGGAAAACCUGGGACACAUCCAGGGAAAGCUGUGCAAGUAAAGGAAGAGGACAACAAUCCUCAAUCUCCUCGAGAACGGACAGAGAAUAAGCAGAUUAGGGAAGGGGACAAAAAUACUCAGUCUCCUCAAGAAAGCACAGGGAAUAAGCAAAUGAAGGAGGGGGAUGACAAAUCUAAAUCUUCUCAAGGAAUGGCAUCUCCUAAUCCAGCUAAAACAGGGGCAAAGAACACUCAAAAUAUUAAAGUAUCAGAUGUUAAGUCAAGGAGUCGAGAACAACAGUGAGGCUGUAUACAGUCUAGGUUUUUAUCUGUGGUAUUAUUUAUAAUAAAAAUUUGAAAUUAUCUUUAUACAUUUACAUGUAUUUCAGUCUUAUUUUUAUAAUAUCAUGCCAAUGAAUGAUUUUUCAACAAUGCAAUUAUUUUUUUUAG